AUGGAAGUGUGGAAGUACAAUGCGGAGAAUGAUUCAGUGUUGCAAGUGAGGGAAAAAGAUUACGAGAGAUGCGACAGAUCAGAGCCAAUAAGAGGAUACAAAAAUGGUCACACGAAGAUAGAGCUAAAGAGAUCAGGUCCUUUUUACUUCAUCAGCGGCGAAGAAGGACGUUGCCAGAGAGGAGAGAAGCUUCUUGUCGUCGUCUUGUCUCCGAACCACAACAGAACCCAUGCUGCUGCUCCUGCUAACGCUCAGAUCAUACAAAAGGGAAGUGGUCCUCGGUUCAACGGCUCGUGGAGUUUUGUUGCAACGGCUGCUGCUUUGAUUCUUCUUCCAUUAGGCCUUUUUGGGGCAGAUACUGGUACACUUUCGGGGGUUUCACCUAAAAGUGUACCUUUCGCUACUCAGAGCGUACCAAGGAGGAAGUUUAUCAGUCUCAACCCAUUUUAUAGUUUUGGGUUCUUUUCUUCUCUUCAGGGAAGUAGCAUUGGGUUCAGGAUUCACUUAGACUCCGGACUUGUGCUAAGUAAAGGGCGUCAAUUUCUUCCAUUUGUUGUGAGGAGUGAUCAUCCUCAGAAUGCAGACGCGCCUAAGGAGUACACAAGGAGAGAGAAGAAGCCCUUUCCAGUGCCCAUUGUUGACCUGAGACGAGCCGCGAGGGAGAGAGUCAAGAACAACAAAGACAAGCCUAGGAGACCUCUCCCUCCACCUAAAAACGGUAUGGUCGUGAAGAGCCUUGUGCCUCUCGCCUAUAAAGUAUACAAUGCAAGAAUCAGAUUGAUCAACAAUCUCCACCGGCUCAUGAAAGUUGUUCGUGUUAAUGCUUGUGGGUAUUGCAAUGAGAUCCACGUUGGACCUUAUGGGCAUCCAUUUAAGUCGUGUAAAGGUCCUAGUGCAUCCCAAAGGAAAGGUCUUCAUGAAUGGACAAACUCAGUCAUUGAAGACGUCAUCGUUCCUCUUGAAGCCUAUCACCUCCAUGACCGCCUUGGCAAGCGCAUCCGCCAUGACGAGAGAUUCUCGGUUCCACGAGUUCCCGCUGUAGUUGAGCUCUGCAUUCAAGGCGGCGUUGAAAUCCCCGAGUUUCCAACAAAAAGGAGAAGAAAACCAAUCAUCCGCAUCGGCAAAAGCGAGUUUGUAGACGCAGAUGAAACAGAAUUGCCUGAUCCUGAGCCCCAGCCUCCUCCAGUGCCAUUGUUAACCGAGUUACAAGUCUCAGAGAUCACUCCACCUUCUAGCGAAGAAGAAACAAUCACCGUAGCCGAAGAAACUUUACAGGCAUGGGAAGAAAUGAGAGCAGGAGCCAAGAAGCUGAUGAGGAUGUACAGAGUCAGGGUGUGCGGGUACUGUCCCGAGGUCCACGUAGGCCCAACGGGACACAAGGCCCAGAACUGCGGUGCCUUCAAGCACCAGCAGCGGAAUGGGCAACAUGGUUGGCAAUCUGCGGUGCUUGACGACUUGAUACCACCAAGAUACGUUUGGCAUGUUCCUGAUGUGAAUGGGCCACCGUUGCAGCGGGAGCUACGAAGCUUCUACGGUCAAGCACCUGCUGUUGUGGAGAUUUGCGCGCAGGCUGGUGCCGUUGUACCUGAGCAGUAUAGAGCUACAAUGAGGCUGGAGGUUGGAAUCCCUUCGAGUGUCAAAGAAGCUGAGAUGGUUGUUUGAUAUUAGAAGAGCUUUUGUAUACUUAUUACCGUACAAAAUCCUCCAUUUCACGUUGUAGGAACACAUUGCUUAUGUACACCACCUUUGUCUUGUAUCAUAUAAUAUUCACAGAUUUUGUGUCAUGGGCCUUUUGACUUUUGAGGCUUCAAAGGGAAAAUGAAAAUCUAGUUUCCUGCUAUAGUGAAGGGCAAGGGCGUCAUUUAAAUUGGUUCCUUUUCUUCUUCAUAGCUUUCUUGUUCUUUUUUGGGUAAAGGAGAUACCACUUGUCUGCUCUGCUCGCUUUAUACCCACUUUCGGCUUUUUCUUGUUCGAACUUUUUCCUCUUACUGCAAAGCGUUAUCCUCAAUUCCUCACCGUCGGGACCCUUCAAUUCGUCUAAGCCAUGGAUUAGCUUUAACUUGCUUCACGAGAAGAGUAUGUUAAGCUGAGCUCCCUCUUUCUCAAUAUGAGCAAGUGAUCGUGGGCUUAGUCGUUGAAGGUUAUCGAGUUCUCUGGUUCCUUAUUAGCAAUCAUGGCAGGCAAACGAGAAAAUUUUGUGAGGGUGGAUAAUCUUGACUCGAGGCUACCAUCAUCAUCUGUAGCCUUCCAACAGAACUACGCCUCCAAUAUUAGUGGACCACUUCGUCCUAUUCAUGGAAGCAAUAACACAUCUGGAUCCUUCAAGAAAGGGUUUCAAAAGGGUUCCAAGGGCCUCAAAUCCAUAGGCCGUUCACUUGGUUUCGGUGUUUAUCGAGCAGUGUUUCCAGAAGACCUUAAAGUAUCUGAAAAGAAGAUAUUUGAUCCUCAGGAUAAAACCCUUUUGUUUUGCAAUAAACUGUUUGUUAUGUCAUGCAUUCUUUCAGUGUUCGUGGACCCUUUUUUCUUCUACCUUCCUGUGAUCAAUGGUGAGUCCAAGUGCCUUGGUAUUGACCGAAAACUGGCUAUCAUCGCAACUACAUUGCGGACUAUCAUCGACGUGUUUUAUCUCGCGCACAUGGCUCUCCAGCUUAGGACUGCUUAUAUUGCACCAUCGUCCCGGGUCUUUGGGAGAGGUGAACUCGUGAUAGAUCCUGCACAGAUUGCAAAGAGAUAUUUGCAACGAUGGUUCAUCAUUGAUUUUCUCUCUGUACUCCCUGUCCCUCAGAUUGUUGUUUGGAGGUUCUUGCAAAGGUCAAGGGGGUCGGAUGUAUUGGCGACAAAGCAGGCAUUGCUUUUCAUUGUCUUGGUUCAGUAUAUACCGCGAUUUCUACGUGUCUUACCCUUGACAUCAGAACUGAAAAGGACAGCAGGUGUCUUUGCAGAAACUGCUUGGGCUGGUGCCGCCUAUUAUCUGCUGUUAUAUAUGCUUGCAAGUCAUAUAGUUGGAGCGUUUUGGUACCUUUUGGCCUUGGAACGUAACGACGCCUGUUGGCAGGAGGCCUGUAAAAAUGCUUCAGGGAAUUGCAGUACAGGUUUCUUGUACUGUGGCAAUCAAAACAUGGACGGCUAUGUUGUUUGGAACAUGAACAAAGAAUCUGUUCUUCAGUCCAAGUGUCGUGCUGAACUCGAUGAUCCUAAUCCUCCAUUUGACUUUGGGAUUUAUACACAGGCUUUAUCGUCUGGCAUUGUCUCGUCUCAAAACUUCAUCACAAAAUAUUGUUAUUGUUUGUGGUGGGGCCUUCAGAACUUGAGUACACUUGGACAAGGGCUUGAAACCAGUACAUACCCAUUGGAGAUUAUAUUUUCCAUCGCUCUCGCCAUUUCUGGGUUGAUUCUCUUUGCUCUUCUCAUAGGAAACAUGCAGACAUAUCUCCAAUCUCUUACCAUCCGGCUCGAAGAAAUGAGAGUGAAGAGGCGUGACUCAGAACAGUGGAUGCAUCACAGGAUGUUACCGCAAGAUCUUAGGGAGCGUGUGAGACGCUAUGACCAGUACAAAUGGUUGGAGACACGUGGUGUAGAUGAAGAGUAUCUCGUUCAGAAUCUCCCCAAGGAUCUCCGUAGAGACAUCAAGCGGCAUCUUUGUCUGGCUUUAGUGCGCAGGGUUCCAUUGUUCGAGAGCAUGGACGACAAGCUGCUGGAUGCGAUCUGUAUGCGGCUGAAACCAUGCUUGUUCACAGAGCGUACUUACUUAGUCCGAGAAGGAGACCCUGUAGACGAGAUGCUAUUCAUAAUACGCGGCCGCCUCGAGAGUGUGACAACGGAUGGAGGCAGGAGCGGUUUCUUCAACCACAGUCUCCUGAAAGAAGGAGAAUUCUGCGGGGAAGAGCUUCUGACAUGGGCGUUGGAUCCCAAGUCAGGCGUGAAUCUACCGUCUUCCACCAGAACCGUGAAAGCUCUGACAGAAGUAGAGGCGUUUGCUCUGACCUCAGAGGAGCUGAAGUUUGUGGCAAGCCAGUUCAGGCGCCUACAUAGCAGGCAAGUGCAGCACACAUUCAGGUUUUACUCUCACCAAUGGAGGACUUGGGCUGCUUGCUUUAUCCAGGCUGCCUGGCGCCGAUACUGCAAGAGGAAGAAGAUGGAAGAGGCCGAGGCCGAGGCCGUGCCCAGCUCAGCCACUGGACCUUCAUACUCCAUCGGAGCUGCGUUUCUUGCGACCAAGUUUGCGGCUAAUGCGAUGCGCACGGUUCACAGGAACCGGAACACAAAGAUUAAGGAUUUGGUGAAGCUGCAGAAGCCUCCCGAGCCUGAUUUCACUGCGGACGAUGCCUGAUUGAUAGAGCCGGUUUGAAGACCUGCUUGUUUAUAAUUUAUAGGUAGAAAUUACAAAUAUUGCAUGGCUUUAGAACUGCUUGCGCUGUCUGUAAAAUGUUAUUUAGUGUGGAGAAUACAAGAAAGAAAGCUGGCAUAGUCUUUUGGAUGGAAUAAAUGUACAUGUUAUACAGUUUUUCUCAAAGUAGUUAUUUCACUGUAAAGGAAAGGGUAUUACAAAAUUGGAGUGUACAGACUUUACAAUAAGUACACGCUUUUUUUUUGCUAUUUGCCUUUGAGUUUGCACUCUACUAGUGUGGAGGAAGCCAAUCUAUUGAU